AUGGUAUUUGAGUACACAGAAGAAAAAAAAGAGGAUAUUUUUGGACAGAAAUGUAACCUUUUGCAAAUGAGGCAUAAGCUGCUGGUGGCACUGGAGAAGUAUCGGGAGAAAUAUGGUCCUAUCUUUACUGUAUAUUUUGGAUCUCGGCCAGUAGUGAUAUUAUGUGGAUAUGAUUUGGGAAAAGAGGCUCUAAUAGAACAAAAAGACACAUUCAGUGCAAGGGGGAAGAUUCCAAUGACUGAAUAUGUGUUGAAUGGUUUUGGGAUUACAGCUACUAACGGAGAACGGUGGAAACAAAUGCGCCGCUUUGCUCUUACUUCAUUGAGAAAUUUUGGGAUGGGGAAGAGACCCAUCGAUGAGAGAAUCCAAGAAGAAGCCCACUUUCUGGGGGAAGAAUUCAGCAAAACGAAAGGGGAGCCAUUUGACCCGACAUUUCUCUUGAGUUGCGCGGUAUCCAACAUCAUCUGCUCCAUUGUAUUUGGGAGGCGUUUUGAUUACAAUGAUAAACAUUUCUUAUCACUGCUUCGUAAUAUUAAUGGGAUCCUUCGCAUUAUGAACUCUGGUUGGGGCUUGGUUGUGUACCACUUUGAACGGGUUAUGCGCUAUAUUCCAGGACCUCCUCAGCGAGGGGUGCGCUAUUUCAGUGAGCUCAAGGCAUUUGUUCAUGAGAUUGUGGAAGAGAGUCUGAAGACCCUGGACCCCAAUUCCCCCCGACACUUUAUUGAUUGUUUUCUAAUGAAGAUUCAGCAGGAGACACACAGACCUACAGACAGGCAGAGAUACAUGAUGUGGUUCUCCAGUGCUGUUAUGGUCAUUGUUCUGCUGGGCCUGAUAUGCAUAGCAUGGCUGAAAGGGAAAACUGAAAAUAAAACACUUCUGCCACCCGGACCUCCCCCACUACCUCUGAUAGGUAACCUUUUGCAAAUGAGGCAUAAGCUGCUGGUGGCACUGGAGAAGUAUCGGGAGAAAUAUGGUCCUAUCUUUACUGUAUAUUUUGGAUCUCGGCCAGUAGUGAUAUUAUGUGGAUAUGAUUUGGGAAAAGAGGCUCUAAUAGAACAAAAAGACACAUUCAGUGCAAGGGGGAAGAUUCCAAUGACUGAAUAUGUGUUGAAUGGUUUUGGGAUUACAGCUACUAACGGAGAACGGUGGAAACAAAUGCGCCGCUUUGCUCUUACUUCAUUGAGAAAUUUUGGGAUGGGGAAGAGACCCAUCGAUGAGAGAAUCCAAGAAGAAGCCCACUUUCUGGGGGAAGAAUUCAGCAAAACGAAAGGGGAGCCAUUUGACCCGACAUUUCUCUUGAGUUGCGCGGUAUCCAACAUCAUCUGCUCCAUUGUAUUUGGGAGGCGUUUUGAUUACAAUGAUAAACAUUUCUUAUCACUGCUUCGUAAUAUUAAUGGGAUCCUUCGCAUUAUGAACUCUGGUUGGGGCUUGGUUGUGUACCACUUUGAACGGGUUAUGCGCUAUAUUCCAGGACCUCCUCAGCGAGGGGUGCGCUAUUUCAGUGAGCUCAAGGCAUUUGUUCAUGAGAUUGUGGAAGAGAGUCUGAAGACCCUGGACCCCAAUUCCCCCCGACACUUUAUUGAUUGUUUUCUAAUGAAGAUUCAGCAGAAUAAGGACAAGCCAAACACAGAAUUUCAUAUGGACAAUCUUGUGGCUUCAACAGUAAACCUAUUUACUGCUGGGACAGAAACUGUCAGCACAACUCUUCGCUAUGGCUUUCUCAUCCUGAUGAAAUAUCCAGAAGUUCAAGUUAAGGUCCAGAAGGAGAUUGAUCAAGUGCUAGGCCAGCGUUGCCCAUCAGCAGAAGACAAAACCAAGAUGCCUUACACUGAGGCCGUGAUCAAUGAGAUUCAAAGAUUUGCUGACAUUAUCCCAACUGGACUUCCACACUGCACAAUAGAGGAUGUAUCAUUCCAGGGCUAUGUAAUACCCAAGGGUACAGAUGUGUUCUCUUUACUUACUACCAUACUGAAGGAUCCCACACAGUUUACAGAUCCAGAAGUGUUCUCCCCGACCAGGUUCCUGGACAGUAAUGGAGGCCUAGAGAAGAAAGCGGCACUGAUGCCUUUUUCUGCAGGGAGGCGGAUGUGCCCAGGGGAAGGCUUGGCACGCAUGGAGCUUUUUAUUUUCUUCAGCUCCCUCCUCCAGAAGUUCACCUUGACCUCACCGGUGCCUCUAGAAGAACUGACCUUAGCCCCUGAAGUCAGCAGUGCUGGACACUUUCCUUGCUUCUACAGAAUGUCUGCCAUUCCCCGCACCAGCACAACAUAG